CUAAAGACAUCAUCCCACCCGCCGUGACUCGCACAGCAUGUCCAACUCGUCCAGCUCGCCGCUCAUGGGCCCGACAGGGCUCAACGUCAUGUCGUCGUACGGGACGCAGCUUCUUGGGUCUGUGUUCUCGACUGGACUUUGGGGGAUAUCGUGCACCCAAGUCUUCCUGUAUUUCUUGAACUACGAUAGGGAUUCUUGGGCAUUGAAAAUCUUCGUCAUCUAUCUCUGGGCUCUGGGGACUGCCGUUGAAGCUGUCACAUGGGCCGGAAUGUUUCAAGCCCUCAUUACGAACUGGGGAUCGUUGCAGAACCUGCUAACAGUCAAUACGGCCAUUGUUCAUCGUACAUGGCUUUCGGCCGUUGUCGCAUUUUCAGCGCAGAUGUUCUUCCUGUAUCGCAUCUACCGAUUUACAGGAGGAAAAGGCUGGCUAGUUCGUGCAUGCAUGGCCAGUGCUAUCCUGAUCGCAUCUUGUGGACUCGGUUCGAUUAUUGCCUACUCUGCCUUGAUCCUGUCGAAUAUUCAAUCCAUCACCGCCACACUUUCUUCUCACCGCAUUUUUGCAAUUGCAAUCGUAGCACGCUCUGUCUCCGCAUUUGCAGACAUUAUGAUCGCAGUGUGGAUGGCUGCCUUGCUGUCCCGCAAGACGGGUGAGAAAACGUUUUCCAGCUCUAAUCGCAUGGUCUACCGGCUCAUCAUUAUGUCCAUCAACAGCGGCUUUUGGACCGCGCUUGUCGCUCUAAUUGACCUCAGCCUGAUUGCUUGGAACUACACGGAUCUGGCGUUCAGCAUCUGCGAAUAUCCGCUCACGUCGCUCUAUGUUAACAUGAUCCUCGCAAAUCUGAACGUGCGCGAGUACCUGCGCGGCACCUGGCAGGGCAGCAAGGUCAUUGAGGGAACGUUUGGCAGCACUGACACGGCGCCGCGCGACGUAGCCCCGAUCCCACUGCGGCGCAUCAACCGAAGUACCGGGAUUUCCUCUGCAGACCAAGGACAUGUUGAAAUUCGCAUUGAAAAGUCGAUGACACUGAAGAGCGACGCAGACUCGAUGGAGGCUGGAAAGUCACAGCCUUUUCACCCAUGAAGCAUACCCUGGCUACGAACGGACGGAUUUAGGGACAUUUCAAACUCGUGAUGAAAAUGUAGAUCUCAUGUACUUAGUACUGCCCCCAACGAUACGCUAUUAAUGCUAGAGAGACGAUUUUUUUUGGAUAUGAUGGGCGCUCCCAUUUCUAAUCUUGGUGACGUACAGUUGUUAAGC